AUGUCUCGCGACAAAUGCAUUCCCUCCCGUCUGACGGAUUUCCGCCGCCAGAAUCCGAAGCGUUCCGGUCCCGCGAAACACUACCAGAGGACCGUAAACUACCGCCCUCGCGAACGUCAUUUCUGGCACAAGCACCAAAACAAAAGAUCUUUCUCCAAUUCGUGCCCAGUCAAGGAUGCGUCUCUGGAACUCCGCGAUUCUGACAGAUCUUCCAGUGACUCCUCGCGAUUCUCAUCUCCCACAAUCUCUCCGCUCCAGGAAAUCCAGGAAUCUCCGUCGGCCACCCCUUCCAUUGAAUCCACGUUCACAUUCCCGUCAAUCUACAUCGGUUCUGUGUUGGGUCCAUUCGGAAUCCACAUGGAAGGAAUCAAAUUUGAGAGCGGAGCGAAGGUCACUGUGCUUCUUGAACCGUCGGAGAACAUCGAGACACGGAGUCUGCUUUUGGAGGGUACGGAGGAGCAGGUGGAAGAGGCGGCCCACAUGUUCAGAUGGUACAUCAAUGAGAACGUGCCGAGAGAUGGAGACGUCACUGUGCUCGAGAUGGAAAUUCCGGCAGGAUUAUUUCCGAACGCGCUCGGAAGACACGGACGGACACUCAGAAGGAUCACGGAAGUCACCGGAAUCCGGGUGAGCGUUCUCGAUCCCCAUGAGCAGAAGGUCCGCCUCGUCCUCGCUGGAGAUGAGAUCAACGCGCAACUGGCCCGACAUCUCAUUCUCAUCGCCAUCGGAUCCGUGUCUCGAACGAAUCCAGCUCCUAUUGAAGUGGAUCUGCCGAAGCUUCUCGAGAAGAUCUUCAUGGACGAAGGAUUGGAAUCGGAUCGCGAACAAAUCGAGUACUCGGAUCACAUCGGAGACUAUGCAACUGUCGAGUUAAUCGAGAAUGAAAUCAAGCAAAAGGAGGCAUGA